AUCAAGGGUUCUACUGCAGUGUAAAAUAUAGAACAUUAGAAAUAGAAUGAAUAGCACAAUUUCCAUUUCAAUCCAUGGCGUAUACACAUACAAUCAAAACUCCGGGACUGCGCCUAGGAUUUGUCAACCAAUCACAUCAUUUCAUCCGGGAUCCGGGAUUUCUUUUACCCAAUCAUAUCAUCCGAUCUGGGAUUUUUCGUCCAAUCACAUUAGCGGAUGCACCAUCACAUGACGAGGAACUGCUCGUUUGUUGUCGACCAUCAUGGAGCUGUCGGAGUUUGUGUUGAAAGGUCUGCAGUACCUGGCAGAUCCGGUGCAUUUCAGCGACAGCGCUUUUUCAACUCUGGUAGAGGCGUCUUUCCACAGCUUGCUACACUCCGACUCCAGCCACACAGUUUUAGACAAUGUGGACCUGGAGCGGAUCGAUCAGGCUUUGCUGAAGCACUGUCACGGCGCCCUCACCACAUGCACGCUGGAGUGUGUCAAACAGAAUGCUGACAGAGCCACUAUUAGCACCUGUCUUGAAGAUCUUAAAUUUGAUUCAGAGCGAAUAGAUGUCUUUUACAGUUUGUACCAGAAAAAUAAAAGUGAUCUGGAAAACAUAAUGUCAAGUAUAGGUAGAUGCCCUCCUCAUAUAAUUGAUGCUUCCUGGCGUCUGGAAUAUCAGAUAAAGAACAGUCACCUCCACAAAGUCAACCAGCCUUCCUAUUUGAUCACCUUGAACCUUGAGAAUGGUGGGACAAGAUCAACAGAGGAACUAAGUUUCAGCUGCACAAUGGAACAACUUCAGGAUCUCGUGGGAAAGAUGAAGGAUGCGGCCAAGAGCCUGGAGAAAGCCACGCAGCUGUGAAGAUCAUCAAGAACUCGCUUCUUCUCUCUCCAUUUUUCUCUUCAUAAGAAGUAAUAAGGCACGGCUGUCAAAUAGUAGCAACUGCUAAAGACUGUAGACAGAGUAAGCAGUGUGCGUGUAUAAAUAAAAUCAGUGUUAAUUGAC